AUGGCUGCUCAGAACUCUCGCUUCGACCCCACCUUCACUGACCAGGUGGUCAACGCCAUGGGUCCCAAGACCCCCGAGCGUGCUCGCGUUCUCUUGGGUGCUCUCAUCCGUCACAUCCACGACUUCGCCCGUGAGGUCGAGCUGACCCCCGCCGAGUGGAUGAUGGGCGUUGAGUUCAUCAACUCUAUCGGUCAGAUCAGCACUCCCAUUCGUAACGAGGGUCACCGCUGCUGCGACGUCAUCGGCCUCGAGUCGCUCGUCGAUGAGAUUGCCAACAAGAUCGUGACCGAGCAGGGCCUGUCUCCCACCUCCAACGUCAUUCUGGGCCCCUUCUGGUCUCCCAACGCUCCCUUCCGUGCUCUGGGCGAUAGCAUCAUCCAGGAUCCUCUGGACAACGGCCGGGUCACCUACAUGCACGGUCGUCUGACUGACAUGGAGACCGGCAAGCCCAUCGUCGGCGCCGUCCUCGAUAUCUGGCAGGCGUCCGCCAAUGCCCAGUACGACUUCCAGGAUCCCAACCAGAGCGAGAACAACCUGCGUGGCAAGUUCCGCUCCAACGAGAAUGGCGAGUUCUACUGGUACUGCUACCACCCCACUGCCUACUCGUUGCCUACCGACGGCCCUGCCGGUGUCCUGCUCAACCUGAUGGACCGCUCCCCCAUGCGCCCCGCGCACAUCCACUUGAUGAUCACCCACCCCGAAUACGCCACCGUCAUCAACCAGAUCUACCCCAGCACCGACCCCCACCUUAAGAUCGAUUCCGUCUUUGCCGUCAAGGAUGACCUGGUUGUUGACUUCAAGCCCAAGACUGACGACCCCAAGGCCGAGCUCGACCUGACCUACAACGUCACCAUGGCCAAGAAGGAGCACCACCCCAACCCCAACUCCGCUCCCCCCAAGUCCUCCUUCGAGCGUUCGAUGGCCACCAAGCUGUGA